AUGUCUUUCAGCUUCGGCAACACGCCCACUUCGAACAGUGGCUCGAAUCCGACCACCUCUGCACCAGCAUCCGGAGGUCUUUUCGGCGGUGCUGCUGGAGGCUCUACCGGCUUCUCUUUCGGCAACUUGGGAAGCAACACACCUGGAGGAGCUGCCGCUGGCUCGAGCAGCGGCACUCCUGCCGCAACUGGAGGUCUUUUUGGUGCGAGUACUGGUCAAAAACCAGCAGGGGGGCUGUUUGGCAACACCACACCUGCGUCGUCUGCGGGAACACCCGCCCCGGCUGGUGGUCUCUUCGGAGCAAAGCCUGCUGCGGGCGCAUCUUCUACUCCGGCUGCCUCUACUGGCCUUUUCGGAAACACAAGCUCGAGCACACCUAGCACAUCUGCGCCUGCCUCGGGCGGCCUUUUCGGCGGCGCAAACACUAGCACCACUCCAGCCACGACAUCUGGAGGUCUCUUCGGAGGGAAUGCUGCAUCUAAGCCGGCGUCCAACCUUUUUGGUGGUGGAAACAACAGUAGUUCUACGCCUUCUGCUGGCAGUCUUUUCGGCCAGAAUGCCUCUUCGACCCCAUCGUCAGCUCCCGCAUCUGCCGCCGGUGGCCUGUUCGGCGGCUUGAACAAGCCCGCAGCUGCCUCACCAGCUACUACGGCGGCUCCCACGGCUACUCCUGCGAAGCCUGCCUUCUCUCUGGGAGGAUCUACCACCCCAGCCGGAGCUCCUCCAGCGGGCACAAGCAAGCCUGCUGCUGGCGGUCUCUUUGGUGGCGCCGCAGCGCCUGCCUCUGCUGCCCCAUCUCUAUUCGGUGCUGCAGCCGCCAAGCCGGAAGCCGGAGCUGCUUUCGGCGGCGUUGCUCAGUCCAAGGCUGCUUCAACGGUCCAACCUGCUAGUACAGGAGGUCUUUUCGGCAGUGCACAAACUCAGCAACCCCCGGCCAGCGGAGGCCUCUUUGGCGCUCAGAAACCGGCCACUUCGGCGGCUCCUAGCUCAGGUGGACUCUUUGGUCAAGCUGCUGCCACUACCACUUCCGCUCAACCAGCCUCAACUCCAGCUACAGCUCCCGCAGCAAGUACCGCGUCUUCGCUCUUUGGCGGCGCAAAGCCCGCCACCCCUACCACCGCCGCUCCGUCUGCUGCAUCUGCUGGUGGCCUUUUCGGCAACGCUGCUUCCACACCAGCCGCUUCGACGGCGCAGCCCGCUUCUAGCACUGGAGGUCUCUUUGGAAAGCCUGCUACGACCUCAGCUGCUACGCCAACUACUGCUGCCGCCCCUUCCGCUCUAUUCGGUGGCCAGAACUCUGCAGCUCCUGCUGGCAAGCCUGCUAGCGGCGGUCUCUUUGGAGCUGCUCCGGCGGCUAGCACUUCCCAGCCGGCAGCUACUACUACCACAACUGCGCCUGCAGCUACUCCGACAGCAACUACGACGUCUACAGCUCCCGGCGCUACUCCUGCAGCUUCCGGUGGUCUGUUUGGUGCGAAACCAUCGACUCCCGCUGCUGGUGCCACAACUGCGAAUAGCACCGUACCUGCCAGUACUACUGCCACCACCGGCACCUCAAACACUCUCGGUGCGUCAACCACCGGUCCGACUUCUCAGCUACCUCGCCUGAAGAACAAAUCUAUGGACGAUAUUAUCACUCGGUGGGCCUCAGACCUGUCCAAGUACCAGAAGGAUUUCAAGCACUACGCCAACCAGGUAGCUGACUGGGACUUGGGCUUGGUAGACAAUGGUGAGAAGAUCCAGAAGCUCUACCUGAACACCUUUGAGGCGGAAAAAGCAAGCCAUGAAAUUGAGCGCCAGCUUCAGGCCGUCGAGAGCCAGCAGGAUGAACUUGAAGAGUGGCUGAACCGCUACGAGAAUGAGGUGAAGGAAAUGUUCUCCCGACAGAUGGGACAGGGCGAAACACUUUCUGGACCCGACCAGGAGCGUGAGCGAACCUACAAGUUGGCCGAGAAAUUGACACAGAACCUUGAUGAGAAGAGCCGAGACUUAUCCAAGAUGGUUAAGGAAAUCAAUGAUAUCUCUGGCACCCUGAGUAAGGGCACUAAGCCCGAGGAUCCUCUGAGCCAGAUCGUCCGUGUUCUUAAUGGCCAUCUCUCGCAGUUGCAGUGGAUUGAUACCAAUGCGGCAUCCCUACAAUCCAAGGUGACUGCCGCCCAGAAGGCGAACAACAACCUGGGAAGUCAAUAUGGAGCCCCAGAGACAGAUGCGGCUGAGAGCUUUUAUCGGUCGUACAUGGGUCGGCGUUGA